GACACUGUGAGCGGAGCUCCGAACUGCAGGGCAGCGCACAACCCCUUUAAACAUAGAAGUCUCCAAAAAUCCCCUCAACUUUUGUUUACCUAAAACUGAAAAUUCCCUUUAAGCUACGACUCAGAACAUAUUCAUAUGUGUGUGCUGUCCUGUGAAUCUCAAGUGUAUUUCAUAAUUAUAUUCAUUUUAAUUUCACCCCUGGUGAUUUUUUUUUACAGUUUAAUCUGGGUCAUCAAUCCAGACAAAGGUGAUCAUGGCAUGUUCCCUGAGUGGCAGCAGUGUGUCCCCUCUGAUUAUUGACCUCUCACCCAGAGUUGUGGACGACUUCUGCCGCUGUGUUGACAGCCUGAACGACUGGGAAUGGAUGCGCUUUGCAUCCCAUGUUAUGAAUGACCAAACAACUAUACAACGUUUUUAUAUGAGGCGGAAAUCUGGGGAUUACGUCACCAGGGAGCUGCUUUGGAGCUGGGGACAGAAGCUGGCCACUGUCCAGGACCUGGAGAUCAUUCUUCAGGAGCUGGAGCUCUACCGAGCACUAGAAAUUCUAAUGCAGAGCCCCUACAGUCCAGGGACAUCCCCUGUGCAUGAUGCCAGUAGAGGAGCUCUGCAAACUCCUGAAGGAACAGAAAAAAACAGCAGGAAUUACAAUGAUGUUACGAAAAAGUUGCCAGAAAUCAAAGCACAGUCUCUUCCUUCGCCACCUCAACCCCCAUCAGAACUGCUAAAAUCCCUAUGGAUAGACUCAUAUGCUGACCCGGUAUCCAGCACAGAUCAGGUGCUUAGUAUUCCACAGCAAGAGAUCAGCUUGUCACUAAACACCACAUGUCAGCACUGGACCAAGCAACAACUGGAGGAGGCGACAGACAGGUUCAGUGUGGACAGGAAAAUACACAGCGGACACUUUUCUGAUGUCUUUAUAGGGCGGAAAGGAGACAAUGUGUAUGCAAUAAAGAGGCUAAAAGAGGUUCACAUGGAGCAGUCGGAUAGGACAGAUUUAUUCUAUGAAAAAGAAGCCCAAAUAGGUUUUCGAUGUCAUCAUCCCAAUCUGCUGAAGCUGCUCGGCUUCUGUGUGGAGACCAAACACUACUACCUUGUGCAUCAGUUCAUGAAAAAUGGAUCUCUGGAUGUUGCUUUGCAGAAAGUUGGAUCUUGUGUCCUGAGCUGGGAGAGAAGACUUGCUAUUUCUGCCGGUUUGUUACAAGGUGUUGAUCACUUGCACAAGGCCGGGGUUUUUCAUGGAAACAUCAAGAGUUCCAACAUCUUCCUCGCAGAAGAUUUUACCGCCAAGUUGGGCCAUGCAGGGGCUCGAUUCUGUCCUGAUCGAUCCGCAAAUUACACGAAUGUAAAAACCUAUGAGCUGCAAAGAUUCCAGCCUUACCUGCCUGACAGCUACCUGAGGAGCGGCCAGCUGACUGCACAGACAGACAUCUUCUCCUGUGGUGUAGUGUUAGCAGAACUUCUGACAGGACAAAAGCCCACUGACGAGGACAGGGACCCCAUCUACCUGAAAGAUCUUAUACUGACUGAAGUGGAGCAGGUAAAAGCGGAAUCUGACAGAAUGGGGUCUGUGGAUCUCCUCAGCGCAAGAGGAAUUGGACAAAAAUACACAGAUAAAAGACUUGAGGGAUUAGAAAUAAGUUCUGCGAUACAUUGGGCUUCUGCAAUCUGCCUGUGUCUGACCAAGAAGAGAGCUUUAUUAACAGAGGUUGUAAGUAUGAUGGAGAAAGCUCAGGAGUCAUUCAGAUCAUCUGUUAAGAAAUCCCAAAGAGAGAUGUCCAGUUUGAAUAUCCCAGAGGAAAGCGAUGAAUCCUUGUCCUUAGGCUAUACCCGAGGAGAUGCAUUAGAAGUGCCUAGCACUUCCACCAAAGGAGCAACGUAUUCUCCACCUCGAAAUGAUGUCUUCAAAAGGAGCCCAUGUGAAUUUGAUGAAUCGGGAAGCUUCAGCUUUUAUCCUGGAGACGGCUGGUAUGGGACUAAGCCAUCUUUUCAGGCCACCGCAUCACCUGCUGGACAUCAGGCCAACUCAUGUACCCCAGAAAGGAACUGUCCCCAAAAGGUGUUGAAUUCACCAACAGAAAGCAAUGAACCGUCUUGGGGAAUCAAAGUAAAUGAAGCAAAACUGAAGCUGAUGGAGGAAAUUGAGCUGUAUGCAGAAGAGAAGGUGGACAGCUCGGUCUUGUUUGAAUCGGCGUGAGCUUAGUGUAGUGGACA